UACGCAAAUCCUAAACUCACCUCCGUCCGCCGCCAGUCGAGCCAGGGUAGCGCUGCUCCGCCGACGAGGCACCGUCCAGCCCCCCGCCCCAGCCGAACAGCCGUGGCAGCCGCACUACUUCCAGAGAGAAUCGAAUAGGCGAGGUGAUGGCCGCGGGGAGCAGAGGCGUCGACGGCGGUAGCAAUGGGGACGGCGGCGAGCCGGACGGAGGUUGGCGGGCGGAGGAGGCCAUCGCCGGGAACCGCAUGGCCCUUCAAGCUCUCCGGGAGCUCGUGGUGUACCCCUUCCUCUACGCCCGCGAGUCCCGCCUGCUCGGCCUCAAGUGGCCCAGAGGAUUGCUGCUCUACGGCCCCCCUGGCACCGGAAAGACAAGCCUUGUCCAAGCCAUCGUUCGGGAGUGCAACGCCCACCUGACAAUGAUCGAGCCGUAUGCUGUGCAUAAACCUCAUGCUGGAGAGGGCGAGAGGUUCCUGCGUGAAGCUUUCGCCGAAGCCUACUCUCAGGCAUCGCAGGGCAGGCCAGCCAUCAUUUUCAUCGAUGAAUUGGAUGCUAUAUGUCCGCGACGUGACAGCAAGAGAGAGCAGGGGUCCCGCAUUGUUGGUCAGCUGCUAACUUUGAUGGAUGGGAACAAGAAGUCGUCGAAGAGGCUUCCUCACGUAGUUGUUGUCGCGUCAACUAACAGGGUGGAUGCUAUUGAUCCAGCAUUGAGAAGGCCAGGACGUUUUGACUCAGAGAUAGAGGUCUCUGUUCCUACUGUAGAAGAAAGGGUGCAGAUUCUUGAGCUUCAUACCAAGGGUCUACAUCUUCAUGAAACUGUCGAUCUUCAGACUAUUGCUGGAUACUGCAAUGGUUAUGUUGGAGCUGAUUUACAAGCUCUAUGUCGAGAAGCUGCCAGACUUGCUUAUCGUAGAUUAUCAAACUCAUCUGAGGAUGAGGAGAUGGUCACACUACUCAUGGAAGAUUGGGAGUCUGCUAGAUCUGAGGCUAAAGCAAGCAUGAUAAGAGGGGUAACUAAAGAAGCUCCAACUGUUUCAUGGGAUGAUAUAGGAGGUUUGAAAGAUCUAAAGAAAAAGCUUCAGCAAGCUGUUGAGUGGCCCAUCAAGCAUGCUGCUGCAUUUGCUAGACUAGGGAUAUCACCAGUUCGUGGUGUGCUUUUGCAUGGUCCUCCAGGGUGCUCAAAGACCACCCUUGCCAAGGCUGCAGCACAUGCUGCCCAAGCUUCUUUCUUUUCUUUGAGUGGUGCAGAACUAUACUCGAAGUAUGUUGGAGAAGGUGAAGCUUUGUUGCGAAGAACAUUCCACAGGGCACGUCUGUCUGCUCCAAGCAUUAUAUUUUUUGAUGAGGCUGAUGCAAUUGCCCCUAAAAGAACUGGUCCUGAUGGGGGCAGUGGCAAUGCCACAGUAGGAGAAAGACUCCUAUCAACUUUGUUGACUGAAAUGGAUGGUUUAGAACUGGCUACGGGCAUUAUUGUUUUGGCUGCUACUAAUCGUCCUAAGGCAAUCGAUGCAGCUCUUCUCCGCCCAGGGCGUUUUGAUAUGGUCUUGUAUGUUCCGCCGCCAGACGCACAAGGUCGGCAUGAGAUACUACGCAUCAAAACACGCAAGAUGGAGUUAGGGGAGGAUGUGGACCUCGGGAAGAUAGCCGAGUGCACCGAGCUGUUCACCGGUGCUGAUCUCGAAGGUCUGUGCAGGGAAGCGGGAAUGUUGGCACUGAGGGAAGAUAUCACUGCAAGUUCGAUAGACAAGGCUCAUUUUGAGGCUGCAGUAAGGUCGCUAAAGCCAUCACUGACAAAAGCAGAAGUUGAUGAGUACGCAGCUGCUGCCAUACAUGGUCCAUCAACGAGGAAACAUUAGAAUAGGUUACAUCUUCUAGUUUCUGUUUAAGCUUGUAUUGUGCAAGCAUUCUAGAUCAGUCUGUCCAUUGAUAGUGAUAUUGCUGGUCAGUUGAAUGAUAUGUUCGUGCAUUUCUUUUUAUGGAAAGGUCAAGGUUGAGUGCU